UAAAUUUGUCUCAAGAGAAGCGAUGACGUCAGAGGUGCACAUGUUGCGGUCCUGCGUGACCCACAGAGGGCGGCGUGUAGCGGUCAGCAGUGUCUCAAGGCGGACUCCUAGCAGGUUGACGUUUGUGUCUGCUUGAGGAAGGUAUAGUGCUAAACCAAAGAAGAUGGAUUUAAAAUCUCUUCUUCAAAGCCAUUUAGAGAAACAGGAGAAGCAAAAAGACAGCCAAGGAAACUCCCCGAGAUCAUCUGACCUCCAUGAAGGAAUUAGUGCUGAAGAAAGUGCAGAUAAGUUAUUUGAAAAAUACUAUUGUGAAUGGAAGGGUAUAAAUAAAGGGUUGGCAGGUGGUAGUGGUGGAUCAAGUUUCAGUGUCAUUCCAAAAUUUUAUCACAAACUUCCCCCAGAUGACGAUCAGUUGCUCCAAAAGUUGCGUGAAGAGUCACGAGCAGUUUUUCUACAGAGAAAAAGUAGGGAGCUGUUAGAUAAUGAUGAACUGAAGAAUCUAUGGAUGCUUCUUGAUAAGCACCAGUCUCUUACACAACUUGGAGGUGAAGAGCAAAUGAUCAAUUAUGAAGACUUUUUAAAGGUGGCUCAGCAAGCAGGACCAAAAUGUAAACAAUAUUUUCAGCCAUCCACUUUCUGCAAAUUGCUACAAAAUGAUCCUCAUGGACGAAUUUCUAUCAUGAAUUUUUUCAAUUACGUUAUGCGAAAGGUAUGGCUACAUCAAACCAGAAUUGGACUCUCACUGUAUGACGUAACUGGUCAGGGCUAUCUCAGGGAGUCAGACCUAGAGAAUUAUAUUCUGGAAUUAAUUCCAACAUUACCCCAGUUAGAUGGUCUGGAAAAGUCAUUCCAUUCUUUCUAUGUAUGCACUGCAGUAAGAAAAUUUUUCUUUUUUCUGGAUCCAAUGCGCACUGGACAGAUAAAGAUACAAGACAUACUGGCAUGCAGCUUCCUUGAUGACUUACUGGAGUUACGUGAUGAGGAGUUACCUAAGGAUCAACAGCAAAACAACUGGUUUUCAGCCCCAUCUGCUCUUAGGGUAUAUGGUGUUUACUUAAACCUUGAUAAGGAUCACAAUGGGAUGCUCUCCAAGGAAGAACUGUCCCGCUAUGGGAUGGGCACGCUAACUCCUGUCUUCAUAGACCGUGUUUUCCAAGAAUGUUUAACAUACGAUGGAGAGAUGGAUUACAAAACGUAUCUUGACUUUGUCUUGGCCUUGGAAAAUCAAAAAGAACCUCAGGCAUUACACUAUUUUUUCCGAAUCCUUGAUAUUGAUAAUCGAGGAUACUUAAAUGUCUUCACUCUCAACUACUUCUUUCGGUCCAUUCAAGAGCAGAUGCGUCAACAUAAUCAAGAACCGGUUAACUUUGAGGAUGUGAAGGAUGAAAUUUAUGAUAUGGUGAAACCAGCUGAUCCAUGUAAGAUUAUGCUGCAAGAUCUCAUUAAUUGUGGUCAGGGCGACGUAGUCAGCAGCAUCCUUAUUGACCUUAAUGGAUUUUGGACCUACGAGAACCGAGAGGUUCUUGUGGCUGACAGUAAUGAAGAGCCGGCACAAGUUUAAAUUACCUAAGUAUGAGUAACUUGGCCCCGGAUCCUGUGUUUGUCUUGCGAGGUGCCAAAUCUCCGGUGACAUCACUUGCCUUCCUGCAUGCCAGCGAGGCAGGAAAGUUGCGGAAAAUUGCUGCUGGGACUCAAGACGGUCACAU